CCUGCCACCUGGGGCUGACGCUGGUUCUGCGGGUCCUGAUAUGUUCACCUGUCGCUGCUCCUGGGGCUACAGCUACCCAUGAAGCGCUUUGGAAGUCUCAGAAGCAACAAGAAACACAAGGACCAAAACCGAAGCACCGAGAGGCGCCAGUCGGAGCCCCAUGGCCUUUUCGCCUCCGGCCUCUCCUCUUCUCCAUCAACGCCCACCCAAGUGACCAAGCAGCACACGUUUCCUCUGGAGUCCUACAAGCACGAGCCCGAGCGGUUAGAAAAUCGCAUCUGUGCCUCCUCUUCCCCUCCGGACACGGGCCAGAGGUUCUGCCCGUCCUUCCAGGGUCCAGCCCGGCCUCCGCCAGCAUCGCCCACACACUAUGCCCCCUUCAGAACCGCGGCGCUGGCGGCGGCCCCGGGACCCGCGGAAGCCGGCAUGCUGGAGAAACUGGAGUUCGACGAGGAAGCAGUAGAAGACUCAGAAAGUGGCGUUUACAUGCGAUUCAUGAGGUCACACAAGUGUUAUGACAUCGUUCCAACUAGUUCAAAGCUUGUUGUCUUCGACACUACAUUACAAGUUAAAAAGGCCUUCUUUGCCUUGGUCGCCAAUGGUGUUCGAGCAGCGCCACUGUGGGAGAGUAAAAAACAAAGUUUUGUAGGAAUGCUAACCAUUACAGAUUUCAUAAAUAUACUGCAUAGAUACUAUAAAUCACCUAUGGUACAGAUUUAUGAAUUAGAGGAACAUAAGAUUGAAACAUGGAGGGAGCUUUAUUUACAAGAAACGUUUAAGCCUUUAGUGAAUAUAUCUCCAGAUGCAAGCCUCUUCGAUGCUGUAUACUCGUUGAUCAAAAAUAAAAUCCACAGAUUGCCAGUUAUUGACCCUAUCAGUGGGAAUGCACUUUAUAUUCUUACCCACAAAAGAAUCCUCAAGUUCCUCCAGCUUUUUAUGUGUGACAUGCCAAAGCCUGCCUUCAUGAAGCAGAGCCUGGAUGAGCUGGGAAUAGGGACGUACCGCAGCAUUGCCUUUAUACAUCCAGACACUCCCAUCAUUAAAGCCUUGAACAUAUUUGUGGAGAGACGAAUAUCAGCCUUGCCUGUUGUGGAUGAAUCAGGAAAAGUUGUAGAUAUUUAUUCCAAAUUUGAUGUAAUCAAUCUUGCUGCUGAAAAGACAUACAAUAACCUAGAUAUCACAGUGACCCAGGCUCUUCAGCACCGCUCCCAGUAUUUUGAAGGUGUCGUGAAGUGCAGCAAGCUGGAGAUACUGGAGACCAUCGUGGACAGAAUAGUGAGAGCUGAGGUCCAUCGGCUGGUGGUAGUAAAUGAAGCAGAUAGUAUUGUGGGUAUUAUUUCCCUGUCAGACAUCCUGCAAGCCCUGAUACUCACACCAGCAGGUGCCAAGCAAAAGGAGACGGAGACAGAAUGACCGCUGUGAAUGUAGACACCCUCCAUAGGAGAACUUGAACAAAGUUUCCAGGUCACGUUUUUGCCUCAUGAACACUGGCUGCAAUAGAAGAGACUAAAAUGGUUAAGAAUGUACAUCAGGGUUUAGUGAUGGGUAUUUUUUCCAGUGAUGUUGCAACUAAGCAUAAAAAAGAUUUUAUGUGCUUGAAGAUUCAGGCUUGCAUUCAAUGACUGUUUUCAGACCUUCGUCUGAAGGAUUUUAAAUGCUGUAUGUCAUUAAAGUGCACUGUGUCCUGAAAUUUUUAUUAUUUUCCAUUUCAAAGAGUUCACUGGUCUGGAGCAGGUCAGGUGACAUAAGGUGAGUGUACGGCAUGUUCAGAUCACAGUGCCUUAUGUCCGAAUACAGCAAUAUGUCAUCACCGCUGCCCCCGCAGCUGGGCCACACGCGCCAAGUGACGCCGAGCUUGAAUGUGGAAGUCUUUGAACCUUUUACCAAAUCAGUUUGUUUUCAUUAGAUUUGUCGAAAAGUUGUAAUUUGAAUAUAAAUAAUUACUUUAAAACUUCAGUGACACUUUUAUGUGUGUUUUGUUCUGAGCAACCAUGUAAACAAGGCUGCUUUACAACAGCUUUAUUUAUUUUUACUUUCAUGAAAUUUUUUACACAUCUUUUGGUGGGUGAACUUCACCGUAUCCAUUAGUAAACUCUUGGUUGUUUUAAAAUGGCAAAAUUCUCAUUUUUAAGAUCUGGAAAUGAUAUGACUUCUAAAAUAGCCGCUGUUGGGUUUUAAAAGCUGAGGUUUCUAACAGCAUGUGUAGAAACAGGCCGCGGGCGAGAAGCAAAGUGCCGGAAAACGUGUUUUUUUCUUGUGUAUUGAAAUGUAAAAUCAUGAUGUUUGUAUGACUACUGCUGCGAUUGUUCCUGUAAAUUUUAUUGUGGCAUAUACAGUAUUGUCAUACAGUUGAAGAGAAACAAUGUUUCCUAAUAUAAGUGCUCUGAAAAUGUUGACACUGUAUAUAUAUGAGGAUAGUUUGGGGUUUUUUUCAGAUUGAAAAAUUAAAAUAAAUCCUACCAUCUACCAUUUUGUUAAAGAAGUUCUUUAAAAUACCAUAUAUUUCAGCUCAUAUGAAUUAAAAUUCUACAUGCAGUUUUCCACUUAGAUAUUUCUCCCAGAUAAAGGAGCACAUAAAUUCUCAUCUCGUUU